CCUUCCUGCAUCUUCCAAUAAAAAGCUCUCAACUUAACCAAAUCCAAGCCAACAAACUGAUCAACAAUCCUUUAACUAAUUCGAUAAUUUCAUCUUGUUCGCACCAGACCUCCAAGAAGUGCCUCCAGCGCCCGCGACGACCUGCCACUGGGAUUUUUCCCCUAUAUAAAAACCGCGUGUCACCUGCGAUUAUUUUCAGUGAUGUGGAAACGGUUUUAUUUCGCGAUUGUGGGUCGUGUGCGUCCCAGUCCUGUCAAAUAUCUCGCCAGAGCAUGUUAUCAGCAAAGUUCUGGAUAAGCUGGGACUCACUCUGGAUUAUCUUUCAGAACAGUAUGAAAUAAUCAAUGUUGAUUGUUUAUUUGGGGUGGUCCUAGCCGGCGCGAUUAUCGACGAUACUGUCACUCAUCCAGGGCCCUAUCGGGCCCAACUCAGACAACUCAAGAAUAAAACGGGCUUAAUUUUUGCCAAAACCGCCCCUUUGAUGCAACAGCAACCCAGUUGGAACUAUUUCGCUAAACACGUGGUGGUGCCCGAAUUGUGGCCCAAACCCGUCCGCUACAAGUUCGCCGAAUUCCGAAUGGCCUACGCUCGGGAAAGUCGCGUCAAGACACUUUUCUCGAAACGGACUUACGAAAACUACACCGAGGGUUUCUCCGACCAGUGCUUAUCACUCAUCGUCAACAGCACGCUGGACAUUAGGGGCAAAAAGUGCCGCUUGAGCCACAAAUGCCAACUUUUUGUCGAAAAUUUGGAAAAAGGCGCUGGAUACAUCCUCACCCACAAGUUGUUGCUCCUGCAGGUUGCCAGGGCCAGACAGUGCAAAAUGUCCCCCAAAAGCCUGGCCACUGCCAUUAAAAAAGUCUGCGCUAGUAUUUACACUGAGACGAUAAGUGCGGAGUAUUUCGUGGGUUUGGACGAAAUUUUCGACCUGUUCCUCGAACAGACACUUUUGUGUGGAUAUGAGGGAUACGCCGAUUUUCUCAAAUUCGAGUGGUUGGAGAAAAUCCUCGAAGCCCAGCACGACUCCGGUUGUUUUCCGGUGAGGGCCCACACCCGGACUAGGAGGGAAACCAACGAGUUUGGGGACGGAUGUGCCGACCACACCACCGGACUUGGAGCCGCAGUUCUUAGUUUAUACUUGAACUAUUUAAUAAAAAAUGUGCAUAAUGUUGUACUCGCUUCCGAAUGGUUUUAGUUGUGUUUACGCACCCACUUGAAUAAAUUAUGAAAAAGCUA